CAUGUUCUGUUAAAUCCGCCGCCAUUGGCGUUGGUUUCGUGUUGUACGGGCUGGAUGCGGACCCGUGCAGGUCGCGUCUUGCCGUCUGGAUUCUUCCUUGCUGUGUGAGGCUCAAUUGUGGAAAUAUGAAUCGGCAAGUAAGGUCAACAUUCAGACCUAGAGGAAGACGAGAUGAUGAAAUACCUUUGCAGCUAAUUGGGCCUGUGUUUGCCCAGCUGCCUGGUGGUGAGCAACCUCAAGGGGAGGAGCCACCGACUGAGAGUCCGGAUAUUAUACCUGAUGAAGAGAAAAAAGAAGGAGCAUCUGUGGUUGAAGGGCCUGCCCCGGAGCCUAAUCCAAAGGAACUGGCGGGUGAAAAGACUGGGCGUGAGCGGGGAGAUGGUCCUGAUGUCCAACGGAGGGGACUUGCAAAUCUAGAGCCCCUUAAGAUGCCAGAGGCAGGUGAACGGAAACCACAGGUUUAAACGAAGACAAGCUGAAGCCACGUGGGCAGUUCUUGUGUUGCAAAAGUGGCUAACAUUCUCUCAGGAAAGUUUUGUUCUUGUGUUGAAAAGUGGCUAAAAUUCUCUCAAUAAACUUUUGUUCUUGUGUUGAGAAGUGGC